AUGUUUUCAAUGAAUAAAAAGGGGAACUCUUCCUUUACCCAGAAUCUUCAGAUUACCACUAAAAUAAACAUUAAAACAGCAGAUUCACAAUCAUCCGAUAAUGUUGGCAUUAUAGGUGGUAGUAUUUCAGGUGUUGCUGUUGUUAUGAUUGUGAGCAUCCUUGUAGCUGUAUUGUUCUUAAAAAGAAGAAAUAUAAGAUCUUCACAUCGUGAAAGUCCCAAACCAGGUGUUACUGCCGUGAGCCAUGUCUCAUCCACGUACACAGAUUUGGAUGCAAGCAGGAGAGAAAUCAAUAAUUAUGAUGAAUUCAAUAUAACAUAUGAACAUCUCAACGCUUCAACCCGGAAGCCAAAUACAUACAUGGAGUUAAAAAAUACAAAUGUACCUAAUACUGACACUUCCGACUACGUUAAUAUAAGAAUAUAAACUAUCAACUUAAAUUGAUUCAUGAAAUGUUACUAAAUUAUUAAUUUUGUUAAACGUAAUACUCAUAAAAAAUAUAGGCAUAAACUGUCGGCAAAAUAUCAUAUUAUUAUAGUAAUGUUUAGAUUUUAUGUGAAUUCAUGAUAAAUGCAUGAUAGAAUCAAUGUUUAAAAACACAUUUAAUGAAGUCUUUCAUGGAAAAGUACAGAAAAAAACUGAUACUUAAACAGCUUAUGUAAAAUUUAUAUUGCGAAUCACAUAUUAUUGAUGUUGUUAAAUGAGGAAUUGUUGUAGUUUGAAUGUGUUGUUCUAAUUAUCUAAUUUAUGUUUGUGUAAGGUACACAUAUAUUUUAUAUUGGUAACAAUGUUGCUUAUAAUGGCAAAAAACGUUCAUAUAUACAUUUUUAUGGAACUUGAAGUGAUAGAAAUUAUGAUUUGUACAUACUUAUUGUUAUAAUGUUAUAAUUGGCUUUGUUUGUGCCUUACUCUCGAAAGCCUUCUUUGAAAACUGUAGACAAAUUAAAGACACUUAAUACAUACUACUUGAUUCAUCUUAUUAUUUAUAAACUAAUACGAACUAUAUACGUAUACAAUGUACAUGCUCAACUUCGAGACAAAUGAAGGAAAGUCGACCAUUUUGACUACAAUCAAAAGAUUUUACACAAUACGUUAAAUAGGUUUUAAAUAUAUAUUUUUUUACGUAUGACAUCAAUGCAAUUUAGGUGAUGCAUGUACAUGUGAAAUGAUUA